AUGCACCACCUCCACGACACCGCCAAAGUCGACCUCUCCACGCUGGAGAAGGUGGCCAGCGCGUUGCUCACGCCGCCCAACUCCGUUUCUCCGGAGCUGUCCGCGCACGGCACCCACGCCAGCGACCAUACUCCGCCGCUCAUGAACAUCGAGCAAGAGCUGGAUCUAGGACCGGUGGCUGAGCAUACGCCGAAGGAGGAAGGCGCUGAGUUGGAAGGUCCGACGGGGACGCCUCUCAGCAAAGGCGCCUUAUCCGGCCUCGAUGCGACAGCGGCCAUCACUCCCAGCAUGCUGGCCAAGCACCACCUCCCAGGCAUCAUGCUUGGCAACGGUCCCAGGCCAAUACGCUAUGUGAUGGGCGAGCUUACCCACACCGUACCCGGCUUCUCGCGCAUUCCGCCUGCCAAGGCCCGCCGUCUGGUGGUGGCCGCGCUAGAGGGCCGCAGCGGUGGCGGUCCUGACGGCACCGUCGCCUUCCACAAGACCGGCUGGGGCCGGUGGGACGCGCAUAUCAAAGGCUCCUCGAGGGACUCUGGGAUCGGCUCGUUCCAUGACGGCAACUUCUCACCUCCACGAAGCGAGCGCAGCUAUGCCAUGUCAUACGGCGACUCCGGCGUGCAUAUGCAUGGCCCGCGCCUGACGUCCGGCUUUCACGAGCAGCCGUCCAACAGCAGCUGGUCCAGCAUCCGCGAAGAGGACGAGCUCGACGCGGACAUGGACAUGGAUAUGCCCGAGCAUGAGGCUGACAAGAUGUCCCUGGAUGACAUGUCGCUUGACGGCGACGACAGUUUCAACGACGAUACCGAAGAUGACGAGAUACCGGUAGACACAUCGCGAACACCGCGGAAGGCUUCAUUGCCCAUUCCGGGUGGUCCACGAAAGAACUACAACGCCAUCAGCGCAGCGUAUGCACGGCGCUAUUCAUCUUCUCAAUCGUGGUCCCGGCGGCCAUCCGGAGUUACAUCUCGAUCACUCCACUCCACUUCUAUGCCCACAGGCAACCGCAUGAGCAUUGUAAGCCACGCGACUGCGACGCCUGAGGAGCAGGCUGCAGCCGCAGCAUUGCUCAGCAUGGGUUCUAUGUGA